AUGAAGCAAAAGAUCGUGAUCAAGGUGCAGAUGAGCUGCGACAAGUGCCGGUCCAAGGCCAUGCCGAUGGUGGCGGCCACGGGCGGCGUCGACUCCGUGGCGCUCGACGGCGAAGGCAGGGACAAGGUCGUCGUCAUGGGCGAGGGCGUCGACUCCACCAAGCUCACCAGCGCGCUGCGCAAGAAGGUGGGGCGCGCGGACCUCCUGCACGUCAGCGAGGUCAAGAAGGACAACAAGAAACCGCCGCCGGCCGCCGCCGCGGCGCCAUCCAACCCGCCACCGCAGCCGCAGCCGGUACCACCACUGCUGCCACCCGGUCGGCUACUGGUGCUACUGCUACGGCUGCUAGACGCGGCAGGACACCACCUGCUCCAGCCUCCAUAA